UAGGGGUUUUAAGGAUGUUCUAUUAAUAAUGUUGUUAAGAUUGUUUUACAAUCCUUAGCUAACCGACCCCAUAUUUUGCUGUACGUUCCAAUUAUUUUCCAAAACGCCCCUGGGGAAGGGUUAAAAUAGACACACUAGCUGUGGCUCUGGAUUGGAGCUAAUACGGGGGCGGGAUUUACCUCAGUCGGUUGAGUGCUUGCUUGAAGUGCUUGCGUCCCAGGAUCGAACGACCUCGGUGGAUCCAUUCAACUGAUUAGUUUUUUUCGCAUUCCAACCAGUGAACUACAACUGGUCAAAGGCCGUGGUAUGUGCUUUCCUGUUUGUGGGAAAGUGCAUAUAAAAGAUCCCUUGCUGCAUUAAACAAAAUGUAGCGGGUUUCCUCUGAUGACUGCGUGUCAUGCUAGGCCUAUUUGAAAACAGAUGUAUAAUAAUUAUGCUGAUAUGUGUACAGGUAUCGGAUUAAACAAAAUUAAUGUGAUCUGUGUGAUGUGUUAAUCCCCCCCCCCCCUCCCCACACACACACCCACACUCCACACCCCGCCUUCCUUUCCGCGUGUUAUGUUAUAUAAUACAUGCGUGUCAAUUAAUCGUGCAUGCAUUUGUACGAGACUUAGAGGCUGUGCCCAGGUUGAACAUGCUUGAACUUUGUCUAAAUAAUGACAUGAAAAAUGGGUUUUGUUUUGUUUAGUUCAUUUUUAAGAGUCGAUUCUUGCAUAUCCUUUAAAAAUAACUCAAAUAAAUAUUUUUGUAUUAUUAGUGAAUUUGGUAAAAAUUAAAUUAAAUUAAAUUAAAUUAAAUUAAAUUAAUAAAAGAUAAGGGGCUCCAUAGUAGAUAUAUUAUGUCCCUUGUUUUGUCAUUUUUUUUGUAGUUGUUUUUAAUUAUAAAUAUGAAUUAAUUAAGUUAUUAAAAAAAAAAUCACCGCCGUUAUUCAAUAAUAUUAAUAAUAAUAAUAAUUUUCUCAAUCUGCGUCCGUAUCUUUAAAACGGACCAAUCCCGAAAUAAUGUUCUGAAGUGUAUGACUUCCUGUAUGUGGAAUUCUGGGAAGGACGCGAAAUUUGAAAAUGGUGUUCUAACCAUCAAACAGAAAUGAUCUCUGGUGAGCAUUUCAGUGACGAUGAAGACGUUUUCUUUGGUGAGAUUUCUGAACGUGAGCUGCUCAAGUCAAACAAGUACGCCAGAAGGAAAACCGCUCUUUACGUGCCGGGACUGCCAACUGAGAAAAACCUUGUGCUGCGGGAGAGUGUUGAAAUGGAGGAGGAUGGACCCAUGGUGGCAGGCUACGAGAGCAUGUCAUCACCCCCGUCACUGUUGGGAUUCAAUGUCAUGACAUCCCCGGCUGUCCAGCCCAUCCCAGACAACAGUCCACCAGCUCCCAACAACAGCCCCAUAGACGCUGACAAGAGCCCAGCGAUUGGCAUCUUGGUCAACUCCAAGCUAAUCGCGGAGUACUCGCUGAGUGGAGAGACCACUCCGGUGUUUAAAGUGCCACAGAAUUGUACAGUGAACAAAGAGUUUUCGCCGAUGCCUAGGGAGUGUGAUUCGAGACUGUGGGAUAGCGGAGUGGAGUGUGGAACGGUUGAUUGUUCAGUGCGGUCGACUCCCAUGUCGUGUAUCAAGUCAGGCAAAAAGCUGGUCGGUGAUGCAGAUCUCGGAAGUGAAAUGGGAGUCACUGUUCCCUUGAAUCAUGUCCCCAAGGAAUUGGUCAGUUCUCCGUUUGGUGUCACCACAGAUGUUGUUAACCACAGUGCUAAAGGGACUGCCGAAGUCGCUGUGAAACGCAGGCUUAAGGAUCCUCAGCUUCAGAUGGAUUUGUUGACAAAACAGACUCGACGUUCUCUGACGUUUUCUGUCGGUUCCGAGUCCGGUAUGGACAGUGAGGUCAGCGUUCAGGAUGAGUCCAAGGCAUCAACAGACUGUGAGGAGCCAGCUGUCCGCAAACCGACCACAGCCAGCACACCGAGAAUGUCUGCUGUGCCCACUCUGGACUUCACCAGCCCACAUCUUCUCGUGAGUCCUAUAGCCAAAUACAAGACGAUAGACUCCCUUAAAAGAGCAGAUACAAAACAGUCUGUGCCGUCUUCGAAACUAGUCAUGAGUUCAGCAAGUGCAUUUCAGAGAGUGUCAUCACACCAGGCCGUUCGCCGUAGUCUACGCAAAAAACCCAUAGAUGAAGAUAGUGUGAUUGAUAAUUCUCACAUGGAUUUGAGUACGUCGUGUCUGAUGGACAUGACGUCUUCCAGCUGUGUAUCGGAGAACGAUGUGUCGAGUUGUGGCUCAUGUUACAGGGAGUUGUCCACACGGCAGACCCCACCCAAAAACCGACACAGCAUAGCUUGUAUUGAAACGAUGGUAACAGGUUUCAGAGAUACCAUCAAUGAGCUUACAAAGUCAAUCUCACAGCUCAACAACAGACUUAGUGAAUCAGCUGUGGUAACAUCGUCAAGGAAUUGUGUACAGUCUGGGAAGAGUUCGUCUUGUGAUGUACUUGAACAGUCUGGACACGAAACCUCUUACAGUUCCGUGGAUGGUGUUAAAAAGGUUGUUGUAGCAAGUCCUCCGUUUAAGUCGGUGUCUGAGAAUGUGCUUUCCCUCCCGUCGACACUGGCCGGUCAGCAGCUUCAGUACGUGAAGAGUCGAGAACUGUCCUUGAUGAACCUCGACAGUUCUCCUGACUCUGUUCAGUCGCACUGCUCUACGGCCACUCAGCCUGGACUAAGAGUGUCGUCGUCAGACAGCAGCGGGGCACCGUUUCACAGACCGGUAAUCAGCAGCGGCGGUGUUCAACACCACAGUUCCUCUCAACUAACGGGCGAGAUCCUGUCGAGAACUCAGUCCUUUGUUAACGACCACAUGGAAUAUGACUGUCAAACAGAACAGAAAGAAAAUUCAUUAGACUGUGAACCUUCACGGAAAUCUUGUUGUGACUCUUCUUCUUCCACAGACAUACCUUUCAUAGACGGUGCACCCUACAGGAUAUGCAGGAAAACUGGUUUGCCAUCUCCCCCACUUCGUCCAAGUUUCAGUGACAUUGAUCUUGUAAACCAUCAGACUGAAACAUCUGAUAUCAUAAGACGUCAUAGGUCAAGAACAAAGAGGAAAUAUGUGGCUGAGACGAGUCGACUGUCUUGGACAGAGACCGGUUAUUUCGAUUCGGACAGCAGCAGUUCCGAGCUGUCUGACUGCUAUAACUGUGGCUCGAGUUCGGAGUCUGACUCGUCAUCUCUGCUCGACUACAGUGCCUCGGACUCCUUUGACUUUAACCCAGCCUUGCUGGUCACGGUAGAAGGCUCCAAGGAGAGACUGACCACCGUGGAAACGAACAUUGAUGUAGUUAGCGCCGAGCCAAGCAGCAAAGGCAAGUUAGUUAGGCAGAGAUCAUUUCAAGAAAAGCUUAGAAACUUCAGAGACAAACUAGUACCACGGAAGAAAAGAUCUAGGAACAAAUCCAAAAUGAAAGUAGAUAAGGAAAAUACACCUGCUGUUACCAAAAAGAAAAACAGUUAUCCAAAGACUGCGCGGUCAGUGAAGACCGGGUCAGCAUCGUGUGGUGACCUGACGACCACUGAGGAGUUCACCUGUCUGAAAGUGCAGGUAAACGGAGCGGACUGCGCUCCAGCCGACGUUUCACAGUACAAGAAGAAAGCGCCGCAGAGGUGGAGGAAACCAGAUGGCUUUAUGUCACUGUCUCCUGUCACGGGGAAAAAGUCAAAGUGUGAUGAACAUGUUGAAAGAAUAACUCAACUUCACACCAUGUGCAAUGGUCAAAGAAUUGUCCGAUAUCUCAACUUCUCAGAAUCACCCAUGAUUAUCAAACAUUACCCACCUCCUAAAGAGGCUGCUAAAGUAAGCUGGAGUGACACUGUCAUUGAAGAAGAUGGAGUCUACAGUCCUCUGUCGAGUCCACCUGCACCCAAGCCAAUUCUACAACAGAAACCCAGUAACCACAUGUAUCCAUUUGUAGGAGACGUGCCUUCACCUAUCAUUCUCACUCGGACUCGCAGAUCAAAGACUUUGUUUAGAAAAGUGACCCAGUUAUAGCAUUGUGUUAAUGUAACCUUGUUAUUUAUUCAAAGAGUGCUUGUUGAACAUUGUUAUUAUUUAGGUCAAGUUAUUAGCUUUUUUUUUUUUUUUCCUGCUUGAGCUUUUUAUUUUAAACUUUUGUGCAAUUAUGCAUUUAAUCAAAAUGAAAACUGUUUAUAAUUAUUGCUUACUGAUAAACAGCUGAACAUUUAAAAAAAAAUGUUUUCUUUGUUGAUACAGUAAUGUAUAUUGUAUUUUUGGACUUGCUUUUUGCAAGUUGUCCUUUUAUGCUAUUGAUAAUCUUUUAAUAUAGACUUAUGAAGUCAGAAUGCAAGAUUAUAUGUUACUUUUUUGGUAGUAACAGUAUCAGUAUUUACCAUUCUCCCAACCCCACAAUACAUUAAACAAAACACUAUAUAAUUUGCAUACAGUCAGUGUCGGAUAUGGACAGAUGAGCUUUAUUACAUUCAUAAACGGUAACAGCCAUAUUAUAAAGCAGGGCUCGAACUUAACGGCGGCACCAACGGCAAUUGCUGUCAUUGAGAUAUAAAUUGCCGUAGGUAGAGAGCAUCACCGAUGGCACUUUUGUGCUGUCAGUAAAGCUCCUCAACAGUGGCA